AUGUCAUGGAAGAUUGCAAAUCGGGAGGAGCUGCUUUUUGUGAGCAAAAAGGCCAUUUUCAAAUCUCCGGAGGCAAUUCGUGGUGGCAUUCCUCUUUGUUUCCCACAUUGUUCAAUACUUGGAAAUGUCGAGUCUUAUGGAAUUGCUAGAAAAAGGUUGUGGGCCAUUGACCUUUCUCCACCUCCUUUUCCGUCCACUUCCGCAAAUAAAAAUUUCGUGGACUUAAUUCUGAAGCCUACUGAAGAGGAUAUGAGGACCUGGCCUCAUCGUUUUGAGUUUCGCCUGCGGGUAACUUUGGGACCAUCUGGAGAUCUUAUGAUGACUUCACGUAUCAGAAACUUGAACCCUGAUGGGAAGCCUUUUAGUUUCAACUUUGCUUAUCAUACGUAUUUCUCUGUUUCUGAUAUCAGGUAUUUGAAAAGACUUGGUUGUGUUUUGUGA